GCGGCGGCGACGGCGGCGGGAGGUUCGGUUGUUGCCCGUGGGCCGCGAGGCGCCGCCUUCGGGGGCCGCCGUGGCAGCUUGUCUUCGGUUUGUCGGCUAGAGGAGAGUCCCCAUGGUGCAGAUCGUGAUUUCCAGUACUGGGUCUGGAGACCUGGCAGAAUGGGUGCUGAUGGAGCUGCAGGGGGAGAUCGAAGCUCGCUACAGCUCCGGAUUAGCUGGAAACCUCCUGGGAGACCUGCAUUACACCACCGAGGGAAUUCCGGUUCUGAGUGGGCAUCAUAUCCUGUAUGGAAUUAUCCGGCUGGAGAAGCCGUUUGCCGUUCUGAUCAAAUGUGGUGCAGGGGAGCCGGAAUGUGAUGAAAGUGGCAAAGAGCCGCCAUCCCCCCGAUACCAAGUGACCGCGCUAAUCAAGAACAAGAUUCUCUUCAAACCCCGCCCGAAACCCAUCAUCACUAACGUCCCAAGAAAGUAUGAAGGAGCCAGCAGAUUUUUUCUAGAGAGCGGCCAACUCCAUGGACUCGUGCCCCCACUGCCGCCAGAGACGGAUGGAUGGUGUCCUGGGUUACACCUAUGGCUCCAUUUUGAAUGCUGGGAAGCCGAUCCUUUCCCUAAUGGCAGCCAAACUCUCUCGGGGGAAAUCUGGGGCCUUUCCCCAAGACCAACCGGCCCCUUAGCCAGGAACCUUCUCCUUUCCCCAAGCCUUCAGGUCCACUUGCCUCAAAUCCAGCAGCGUUCCAACUCACCCCAUGAACAGGAACCCGGCCCCCUUCCCCCAGCCUGCCCGGCGGGGGCCUGGGUGUGGGCUCGGGGCCCUUUCCCGAGGUCCGCCGGCCCAGCUCUCGGUCUUAGAGGGAGCGGGCUUUCGGGGACGGGCCUCUACCCCCAAUCCCAGGGCUGGUGGCCACUUGGGCCCCCGGCCCUCGACCCCAGAGCCGGUGGUUUUUCUAGGCACGGCCACGGGUUCUGACCCCUAGGGCGGCUGGCUUCCUGGGCGCCGGUCCCGGGGGUCUGAUCCCAGGGCUGGCGGUUUCCUGGGCAGCGGUCAAGGUUCUGACCCCAGAUCGGGGGCUUCCUGGGCACCGGUCGCGGUUCCGAUCCCAGGGGGGGUAGUUUCCUAGGCAGCGUGGCCGGGUCCGACCCCCGGGCGGGGGCUCGCCUGGGCUCGGGGCCUGGGCUGACCUCAGGGUGGGGGCUUCCUGGGCUCCGGCCAGGUCCCGACCCCAGGGCGGGAGGCUUGUCUAGGCGCGGCAGGCCCAGGCUUAGACGCCAGGGCCGGCGGCCGUCUGGGGCCGGGCCCGGGCCGCGGCCCAGGGCCUGACCUGAGAGCCACUGCCCGCAUGGCUUCGGGUCCGGGUCUGACCUGAGAGAGGUGGCAUCCAUAGGCCCGGGAUCCAAUUCCAAACCUCAGGCCAGGCGGCCCUGGGCACAGGUCCCGCUCUCAACCCCGGGCAAGUGGGUUUCUGGGCCCAGGCCGAACCUCAGAGCAGGGGGUCCCUUGGGCCCGGGCCUCCGGUCCCAACCCCAGGCCCGACGUCCCUUGGGCACGGGGCUCGGUCCCAACCCGAGGACCGGGGGUCCCUUGAGCACUGGAUCUGGGCUUGACUUGAGAACGUCUGCAUCUCUGGGCGUAGACCUUGCCCCAUCCUCAGAGCAGCUGGCCUCUUAGGUACAAAUUCAUCUCCUUUCUCGCAGUCGGCUGGAAUCUGGGCUCAAACUCAACGUCUAUGGCCAGGGCAGCUGGGCCUUCCGGUCCUGGCUCCAGAGUGGGCGGCCUUCCGGGCCCAAACCCAGCCCCCAUGGCAAGAGCUACCGGCCCCAUGGGUCCUAGUUCAGCUCCUUUUCCGAGAGCGGCCGGCCCCAUGGGUGGAAACGCGGCUUCCUUUUCGAGAGGAGUCGGACCCAUGGGCCCAAAUCCAGGUACCUUUUCCCAGCCCUCUGGGCCCCCUUGCUCCAAACGCAGCUACCUUCUCCCGGUCCAUUAGGCCGCAGGGUCCCAACCCGAGCAACUUCCCACGGUCUACCGGUCUCCCAAGGUCCAGAGUCCGCCUGCCUUCCCCCCGAUCUGCCGGCCCCAUGGCUACCUUCCCCCGAGCCGUUGGUCCCCAAGGCCCGAGUCCGGCUUGCCUUCCCAGGCCCGGUGGCCCGAUGGGUGCCGGUCAAGUUCCCUUUCCCCGGUCAGCUGCUGGCCCCUUGGCCCCACUCCAGCCCCUUUCUU